AUGUCUGACAGCGAGGAUGGAGCUCAAGACAAGCGAAAAAUGGAAAAAGAAAACGUGCAAGAACCAAAUACAGCAUCGAAUGCGCUACAUCUGCAGCUGCCGUCAUCAAGCUACGAUCUCGCCGGAAUCUCCAUCCAGUCCAAGUUACUACCGUUUUGGCGCGAGCAUCCACGUUUAUGGUUUGCGCAGUUUGAAGCUAUCGUCGAACCUCUGAAGACAAGUGAUGACCAGAAAUUUCGAUAUGCACUCGGCGUUAUGCAAGCAGCUGAUAUUCAACAAGUUAGCGACAUCAUUCUUAAGCCGCCAUCCACUGGCAAGUACAACGCGCUGAAAACUCGUCUCCUUUCUGUCUACGAAGAAUCUGCGUCCAGGCAAUUCCAGAAGCUUAUCAGCGGUCUCGAGCUAGGGGAACAGAAGCCAACACAGCUUUUAAGACGAAUGCGAGAACUAGGCAAGAAUAUGGUACCAGACGACGGUUUGAAGGUCAUGUGGAUGAAUCAACUCCCAGUACAAGUACGCACAGUUCUUUCUGUCAACAACGAGUCAUCACUAGAUAUUCUCGCCGCCAUGGCCGACAAGAUGUUAGAGCACGCCGAGCCAGUCACCGUUGCUGCAGUCACACAAGCCACAGACUUUCAAGCCCCGCAAAGCAGCCAAAACACAUUUUUUGAGAAGUUAUCCCAGAAGCUCGACAGUUUAACACUCGAAAUUGCAGCCCUUCGGUCCGGCGGCCGGCAACGCUAUCGUCGUCCCUUUCGCUCUCGCAGCCGUUCCCGUUCGAGAUCUAUGGCGGCGCAUGGAACUUCACGCAAUCCAGGUGAUCCUGGAUGGCUCUGCAGAUAUCACUUCAGAUUCGGAGACAAAGCACGAAGAUGUGAAUCGCCGUGUAGCAAGAAAACUAGCUCAUCGGAAAACUAA